AGGGCCACUUUUUCCGAGCCGCAUACUGGCAAGCAGUAUUCUCACGAAGUAACUGCCCCGAGGACAACUGCGUUUCGUCUCCUGAGCUACGUAGUAGGCGUCAUAAAAGUUAUGUAUGCUUUUGCAUCACUGGCCCCAAGAACGAGUACGAGAGCGAACGCUGCAUUACGAUCCAAAAGAAACACACGCGAAGGCAGAUAGUUGAAUCCAAAAAAUCUUUAAAUGAAAGAGAACAGCUGGGGUCAACAUGUUCUUUCUCUGUGUAGAUGAUGAGCACGAGCUACAGCGUCGUACGGCACAUAGAACAACUACAACAAGUUCUUCCCCUCUGAAUGUUGGCAUCGUAGCUUCUGCUGGAGUUUUGUCCUCCCCUCGCCCCGAGGAUGAAGACAAAGAAGACCACAUUCAUCUGAAAAAAUUCUGUAGAAUAUUUUUUUUUUGGUCAACAAGAGGACGAGCUCUUGCAAAGAAGCUCAAGUGCUGUAUUCUUCUUGAGCUGCUGAACAGCUGUCACCACGAAGGAAACAACCUGUCGUGUCGUGCCGCUGGUCGGGGAAGAAGCUGUAGUACUAGAAAAAGCUGGUCGUGCAGGUCUGCAACAAAUAGGACAAGCGAGAAGAGCGCGGACGAGGUUCUACUCUACCUCUUGCACAACGAGCAGGUGGGAAGAUCUCCUUGGUCACGCACAAGCAGACGCGGCGUGGCACACCGUGUUUGA